UUUAAAUCACGGUGUCGGAGUCUGGAGUCUUUAUCUGUGAACCAGAGUCUCUAAUGCCUCCCUGUCAAAGCUGGUUUCUACUCCAUGGAGGGCUUUUGCUCUGUUUCACUCUGGAUUUGCAUCCUCUGCUUCAGUUUCAUUAAAGGUUAUUCUCAGCAUGGGCAUCGACAGCAAGCAGUGGGUCUACUUGGCAGUGAUGUUGUUUUACCCUGUUUCCUAAAACCUCCAUUGGACGCUUCAAACUUGCAGCUGGAGUGGGCGAGAACUGACCUAACACCAGGAUUUAUACAUGUGUGGGAAAAAUUUACAGAAAAUAUGGAGUUCAAAGAGCCAUCGUACGUGGGAAGAACCUCACUGUCCUUUGAUAAAAUGAAGCAUGGAGACGUCUCACUGACUCUUUCCAAAGUACAGCUGUUUGAUGAAGGACCGUACAGAUGUUUCAUUCCACAGCUUCCACAAGAAUCCUUUGUUGACCUUGUUGUAGGGUCAGCAUCUACACCCGUCAUAAAGGUGAUGUCAAACGUCAGCAGCAGGGUGGUGUUACAGUGUGAGUCUGCAGGCUGGUAUCCAGAGCCUGAGCUGCUGUGGUUGGACGGUGAGGGAAACCUCCUCUCUGCUGGACCUACAGAGACCCUCAGAGGUCCUGAUGACCUCUAUACUGUCAGCAGCAGAGUGACUGUGGAGAAGAGACACAGCAACAACAUCACCUGCAGAGUCCAACAGAGGAACACCAACCAGAGCAGAGAGACACACAAACAUGUUCCAGGUGUCAUCCUGGACUCAUUCAUUCCUCUUCUUCACAUUGUCAUCAUUGUGGGGCUUUAUUGUUUCCUGGCUUUUUCGAUUGUUUGCUUUCAGUCAGUAGAAACUAAAACUGCCUGCAGAAGAGAAGGAAACCACACCACAGCUGAAUCCAGGAUCAGAGAUAUACUGAAUGUGCAGACUGAUCUUCGUUCUCUUCCUGGUCACAAGCUGUGACCACAAACAUAUGUUGCCAACAAUCGGCUUUCUGUCAUUGGACAUGGGGAGGAGGAGGAGAUUCAAGGAGACAGGCAUGUACUCAGGAGAGCUGGACGGGCCAUAGAACAUCCUUAAACCAUCAGCAGGACAGAUACCUGAUGGUUUGUGCACAGAGGAACAGGAUGAGCACUGCCAGAGAUACAAAAUGAUCUCAGCAGGUCACUGGUAAUUUCUUGUGCAAACAACCAGAAACAGACUCAUAUUCAUUGAAUAAAUAGUAAUGCAAAAUGAUUGAAUCUCUAACUGCAGGAUUACUUUCUUAACCUUGAUAAAUAUGUUAUGUGUAUUAAAAUACAAUUUGUGUUUCUUUUCAUGUUGGUAGAGAAGUACAGGACGUCUCAUCAGGCUUUCGAUAUGAGGGAUUGUUUAUUUGUUCUUAGAUGCACUUACCUUAAACUGCACUCUGCAUGUUAGUUUAGAUCAGCAUUGGUGCUGUUGCACAAAUGUUGUUUUUUGUUUUGUUUUUUUACAGUUUGGGGGGAUAAAUUCAUUAUUAGCAGUGUGUCACAGAAAGGGAUUACAGCUAUGAGUGAGUUACUCUGACAGAGAAACAAGAUUAAAUCACUAGAGAAUCUUAGCCAACCUGCUGGUAUAUAGGGAGUUUUCAGUGAACGAGCUGAUGUGUGUUAUUAUGUUAAUUUCUGUUCCUAUUCUGAUCAAAUCGGGUUUCAGUGUUUGUUUACAGUACAACUCCAGAUCCAGGUGACAUCAAGUCAAAAUGAUGUUACCUGUCUAUGUGCAGCAGCUGCCUGUGUUCAGUUUGAGUAGCAUUAUAAAUUGAUAUGGAUCAGAGAGAGAGAAACAGGUAAGAGUGGAAAUGUAGUCAAAUCCACCACAAAUUACAAGGCUGUAGAUUCUGUUUUCCACACACUAAUUAAUGAUAAUUUCACAUAACUAAGCAUUCUGUUGUACUCUUGUUGAUUGUGGAUCCCUCAUCUGCUCCUAUAAUAUUUAUCCUAUUAUACUAUUUUGGUCAUGUUGUAGUUGAGUGAAGAGGAUGGAGUGAAUGAAGGAGCUGACAGUGAAGUUUACUGGAUAAACAAAAGUUAUUUUUCACAGUGUACUUUUCCAUGUGCUUCAUGGAUGCUUUACGUGGCUUCCAGUAGCAAACUUAAAACAUAUAAGUACAUCCUCAUUGUUGGUCAGUGUCCACUGGCCUGUAGGUGUAAAUAGACUGCAGAGUCCUGGCCUGAUGAGGUUGCUCUUCUGUGUUGUGCCAUCCACUUCGGCAGAGGUUGUUUGGUUUCCCCGAUGUAUAAAUCCUGGCAAUCCUCCUGCACUUAACAGCGUACACUAUGUUACUCUGUUUGUGUCGGGGAAUCAGAUCCUUGCGGUGGACCAGUUUUUGGCGCAGAAUGUUUUGGGGUUAGUAAGAUUACAUCAGUACGGAUGGAGCAGGUUUUCAACUGUUGCAACAUGAAUGUCUAUAAAAACCUAUGAAAACUGAGUCACCAUUACAUUUUCAGUUUUAUUUAUCUCUGUGUUCAGAGCACCAGAUGGUACUUUGUGUCUGACAGAUAAAACUAAAGUCCUUUUAGUUUCUUUAAUGUUACUCUGACACUAAAGGAAGCUUAAAACUCAGUGAUUCUCAAGAAAGUUCUGCACUCACAAUGAGCCACCUUUUUCUGUCAAGUAAAGUUUGUUAUUCAUAUUUUAUUAGUAAUUACACACAAACAGAUACCUUUUAAAGAAAGGAAAUGACAGAUGAAAUAGUUGGUUACUAAACUGAAAAGUCAUAAAGUAGUGUUGGUCCAUUUGAAGCUGAGGCUCCGGAGCAUAUUUUUUAAAAAGAAAACACUUAGUGCUUCAGAAACACUGUGGCACGGCUUGGUUCAUUUGAACAAAGUCAUGUGAUCAAUGAGAGACGAACCUUCAUUCAGUACGUCACUGCUUUAGUGCUGAUUCAGUGGUUUAUAAGGAAGUGAAUGAUUUGCGGGAUUUGUACUGUGUUGUGUUGAUUUUGUGUGAGAGAUAGUGAACCAGUGUGCCGCACAAUGAGAGACAUGGAGCCAGCGAGGAAGAGAGGACAUCCUGCUGUUUCAUCAAUCAAAAACAGUUCAUAGCAAAUUUACCCCCUGGUCUAAAAUUUCCAUAAGAAAUACACCAUAGAUAUAGUUAGUUGUAAUUAUAUAAGUUAAAAUAUAUACAAAUGUAACUGACUCUGGUUAAUUACAUAAUCAUGUGGAGGCAGGGACGUCAAAGUACAAGCACGCUUCCAGCCUAUUAUAUGACUGUUUCGUACAACAUGUUAUAUGAUGUAUUUUUCAUCUAUUGAAAAAAACAUCAAGAAGCCACAAGCAAAGGAAAAACACAUAAUUGCACAUGUUUAAAUGAUGAAUGUUUACAAUGGCAGGCCAACAUCAGACAGAACUGUCACAUGAUAUAAACAGCUGUCAACUCAGCUCUGCAGAGUGGGCAAUCAUAAUGAAACACCAGAGAGGACUGUGUUGAAACGCUUCGAGUAAUGAACAAUUUUUCAAUACAAGCUUCAGUGCAUCAGAAAGCUCCAUCUGGCCAUCACUAUCAAAAAGGCUAAAUCGUGGGCGCCGAUUUAGCCCAGUGCGUUGACAUGCCAUACGCUUCAUAAAGCUUAGGUUUUUAUCAAAUAAAGCUAAAAAAGGCAAAAUCAUACACCCUGCCUUCUUCCUCAAAGUCAGAUGGCCGUAAUACUGCUGUAGCUUUGGGUAUAGGUUGGGUCAGUGUUACCAGCAGUAAUGGGUUUGUUUUCUAUUAGUUUACUUUUCAGUGACUAGCCUGCAUGCCGUAUUGCAUUGAGUUGGGACCAUUUUAUGAUUUGAUAUUUGUGUUAACGUGAAUUUAAACAGAUGGUAAAUGGCCUACAUUUGUAUAGCGCUUUUCUAGUCCAUAGGACCCCAAAGCGCUUUACACUACAUUCAGUCAUUCACCCA